UGUGUGUUUAUAAGCGUCGUCUGGUACCGUCUUAAUGGCUGCUUCUGACAGCUGUAUCGACGAUCUUGUCCAGUCUGUGGGUCUCUACGUCCCUCGACCGCUGCUAUUACACGGCUAUGUCUUCCCCUUCCUGCUGGUGUACGCCGCGUGGGCGUGGGCGUGGGCGUGGGUGUACAGUUGGGAGGAAAACUUCGAGGUGGGACUGAUUGUCUUAGUCGUCACAGGUUGUGUCCAGGUCCUGACCUGUCUCUUCUGUCACUGGUCAGUCCAGGUCCACUGUCUCCUGACCUGUAGGAAGGAGAGGAACCCAAUGGUAGCGACAGUGGCCAAGGUUGUUCCCACGCCCAACAACGGCUCCCCAGAGCUUGUCAAAGUGCAUAGGACUGUGAUCGACAAGGACUCCUCGGAGACGCUGUGGUUCACAUUUCAAAAAGCCAAAUAUAUCUGGGAUGGCGAGGAGAAGAAACAGUUCGUCGGGCUGCAGUUUCCAGUCGACCUUCCACUGCGGACAUAUGCAGAAUGGCGGGGCUAUCAGGAGGACGCAGACCUCGCUGCCGCCGAGCAGAAAUAUGGCGUGAACGACCUUCAGAUGGACGUUCCUGAAUUCACUGAACUUUUCAAGGAAAGAGCCACAGCACCAUUCUUCGUGUUCCAGGUGUUUUGUGUUGGUCUCUGGUGUUUGGACGAGUAUUGGUACUAUUCGCUGUUCACACUCUUCAUGCUGGUCAUCUUCGAGUGUACGCUGGUACAACAACAACUGCGCAACAUGUCCGAGAUCCGCAAGAUGGGCGCUAAGCCGUAUAUGAUUCAGGCGUACCGAAACCGUAGAUGGCGCUCUAUUAUGACGGACCAGCUGGUUCCCGGUGACGUGGUGAGCGUGGGACGCAGCCAGAACGACAACCUCGUUCCAUGUGACCUGCUCUUGCUUCGUGGCCCGUGUGUCGUGGACGAGAGCAUGCUCACAGGUGAAUCUGUUCCACAGAUGAAGGAGAGUCUGGAAGCCGUCGAGCUGGACCGCCAGCUGGACUUGGCGACGGAUGCCAAGCUGCAUGUCCUCUUCGGCGGCACCAAGGUGGUCCAGUACACUCCUCCCAGCAAAAGUGUCACGGGACUACGAGCGCCCGACAAUGGCUGCGUCUGCUACGUGCUGCGCACCAACUUCAACACGGCGCAGGGCAGGCUCCUGCGCACCAUCCUCUACGGCGUCAGUCGUGUCACUGCGAACAACCUGGAGACCUUCGCCUUUAUUCUCUUCCUGUUAGUGUUCGCCAUUGCUGCUGCUUCCUAUGUCUGGAUAAAAGGCACUGAGGACCCCAACAGAAAUCGCUACAAGUUGUUUCUGGAAUGCACUCUCAUCCUGACAUCUGUAGUACCACCGGAAUUACCAAUAGAACUCUCUCUAGCAGUCAACACUUCACUCCUCUCCCUCUCCAAGCUCUUUGUCUACUGCACUGAGCCAUUCCGCAUUCCGUUUGCUGGCAAGAUUGACGUGUGUUGUUUCGAUAAGACCGGAACUCUGACGAGCGACGACCUGGUGGUGGAAGGAAUUGCUGGCUUGGAUGGGACAAGUGAUGUGGUUCCUGUUUACGAGGCCCCACUGGAAACAGUACAGGUGAUAGCGUCAUGUCACUCGCUGGUUCAGCUAGAGGACGGCCUGGUGGGAGACCCGCAGGAGAAGGCUACACUCUCUGCUAUUGACUGGACCCUCACUAAAGGUGAGGCAGUGAUCCCAAGGAAAGGCAAGGCUCCGGGCAUGAAAAUUUUCCAUCGCUUCCACUUCUCGUCGCAGCUCAAGCGCAUGUCGGUCAUCACGGGCUACACCCAGUCAGGAUCUGCCGAUGUCGUGUAUCUAGCAACUGUCAAGGGUGCACCAGAAACUCUCAGGCCCAUGUUUUCGUCGUUGCCGCCAAACUACGAUAACGUGUACAUCAAGCUGUCUCGCCGUGGAGCAAGAGUACUGGCUCUGGGGAGGAAAGAGUUGGGUAAACUUUCCCAUGCUGAGGUGCGAGAGAUAACCAGAGAGGGUCUGGAGUGUGACCUGGUCUUUGCCGGCUUCAUCAUAAUAUCCUGUCCACUGAAGAGGGACUCCAAGGAGGUUGUUAAAGAGAUCCUGCAGAGUUCACAUGCUGUAGUAAUGAUCACUGGUGACAACUCGUUGACAGCCUGCCACGUGGCCAAGGAACUGAAAUUCACCCAGAAAAAAGCAACAUUGAUUCUGCAGGACUACGGUGAGGACCACUGGGGGUGGGAGAGCAUCGACGAGACAGUCAAGAUGGACGUCGUGCCGCCCAGGAGCCAUCUGGACGACUUCUUCACCACAUACGACUUUUGCAUCACUGGAGAGGGUCUUGCGUGGUUGAAGGCACAACAUCCGCAGUUCUUCCGAAGCAUCUUGCCGCACGUGCGCGUCUUCGCACGGGUGGCACCCAAGCAGAAGGAGUUUGUCAUAACCGCGUACAAGAGUUUGGGCUACACUACACUCAUGUGCGGUGACGGCACAAACGACGUUGGGGCACUAAAGCAUGCUCAUUGUGGUGUGGCCAUCCUGUCCAGUGCACCAGACCGACCGCCUCAGAAGAAGAAACGUGGCGAUGAGCCAGGCAACAACAUGACUCCAGCCAUGUCGGAGAAGCUGGAGAGCGCAAAGAAGCUGGCCAGACGAGUGGAGAAACAGAAGGCGCACACACCGCCAGCUGGACCUAACCAACAGAGAUUAACUCCACAACAAGAGCAGAUGGUGAAAGCACAGGCACAGUUGCAGAAGUUACUACAAGAACUGGAGGAGGAGAAUAACCCGGUAGUGAAGCUGGGCGACGCUUCCAUUGCCGCGCCGUUCACCUCCAAGCUGUCGUCGAUCCAGUGCGUGUGCCACAUCAUCAAGCAGGGACGGUGCACCUUGCUGACGACGCUACAGAUGUUCAAAAUCCUAGCGCUGAAUGCCCUCAUCUUGGCGUACUCUCAGUCCGUCCUCUACCUCGACGGCAUCAAGUUCUCCGACUACCAGGCCACACUUCAGGGCCUGCUGCUGGCCGCCUGCUUCCUCUUCAUUUCCAGAUCGAAGCCUUUGAAGAUUCUCAGUAAAGAGCGCCCUCUACCGAACAUCUUCAAUGUGUACACCAUCAUGACGGUGCUGCUGCAGUUCGCUGUACACUUCACGUGCUUGGUCUUCCUCGUCAAGCAAGCGAAUGAGUGGUCGCCACCUAAAGAGAAGUUUGUGGACUUGGAGAAGGAGUUUGAGCCUAGCUUGUUAAACAGUACGGUGUACGUCAUCUCCAUGACAUUACAGAUCUCCACAUUCGCCAUCAAUUACCGAGGUCACCCGUUCAUGGAGAGUCUGACGGAAAAUAAAGCUCUCCUCUACAGCCUUAUUGGCUCCGGGGGCGUCGUCUUGACACUCGCCCUUGGCAUCGUGCCCGAAUUUGCUCAGCAGUUUGAGAUUGUGGAUUUUCCACCAGAGUACCGCAUCAUGUUGGUGAAGGUUCUGGUGGCCGACUUUGCCCUGUCUCUCAUCGUUGACCGUGUCUGCCUCUUCUUAUUCGGCGAAGGACGAUUACCCGCGGAACUUAGAAAAGGUGGCCUCUAGACAGUGGCAAUCAUAAAUAAAUGAUGUAAAAAGCAUAUGGUGAUAUAAUCAUUUACAGUCGACUCUUGUAGAGCUCCUCUGUUCAGUGCAGUUAUUUGUGACUGCGAUUGAAAAGGCACAUGCAAAAUUGAACAGCACUUUGAAAGGCCUUCAUAGCACCUGCUGUUUAAUUUUAGAUACACCUUUCUCAACCAAAAAAGAGCAAAAAAGGCACAAUGCCGUGACUGGAACUGUACACAAAUAACCCGCACAUACGAGAGAGGAGCUUAUCGACAUUUUGGUCCAGUUUGGAUCACUUACAAAGUCAAACUCAUAAUAACAUGUUAGUUUCACUUGUAAAUGGUCCAAGUCAGACCAAAACAUUGUCAUGAGCUUCUCCUGCCACAGGUUAUUUGUGUAUUUCUCAACCACAUUCCCAAAAGUUGGACUCGACAGAUCAGCUUUACAAGAGAACCUUUAGUGUCCUGAAAAUUUAAAUGCCUAUGUGAGCAAGUGCACUGCUUACCGUCUGAACGAAUCUGCACUUUCAGUUACUAAUGAAAACAGGAGGGCCUUUUAAACAUUCGAAGAUUACACACACAUUUACAAAUGGAGUAUUUAACACCCUGUAGAAGAUUUACAGUCACUGAACUGUAGUGGGGGAUGUAUGUGACACAAAAAUCUCCUGUAUCUUCCCCCAUAAGCUGGAAAAAUGUGGAUUGUUCGUCGCAAAUUAGUGCAGGAACUGCAACUGUAUUGCAAGUUAGUGCCGGAACUGCAACUUUAUUCCAAGUCGGAGGAGACGGAACUCGACUCGUGCCAUUUAAAAGCCAAAAUAUAUCUUGAGUUGAAAGCCCUGUAGCAUGUUCAAAUCAGCAGCAACACAACAAGUGAGUUGCGGAUAGGCCAGAUCACAACAGCAGUGCAACACGAACAAUAUUUAAGUUCAACUCACUGUAGCUUCAAUAUCAGCAUCUUGCAUCACAUAGGGAGAUCAGAUCUAGGUCAUUUAUCAUACAAGAUCUAGCAAGGAACAUUUUAAAACGUCAUGUAUAUAAUGACAGUACACACACAUAUAGGAAAUAUUUAUUGAGUCUAUUUAUAUAAUACUUUCUACGUCCAGGAUCCUUGUACCUACAACUUCCCAUCCUUGUAACUUGUACAACUUCCCAUCCUUGUAACUUGUACAACUUCCCAUCCUUGAAUUUAAAGUCAAUUUGGUUUAUUUUGCGAGGUGAAUGUAGAAGGCAAACUUUAACUUCAUAAAAAUAUACAGUUGACCCUUUCUAGUUCCACUAUAUAGUAUUUUUUCGUUGAUGUGAGUGUAAAAAGCUGUCCAGAAUUAAAUGCUACAGACUAUAAAAGGCCUUUCUGAGUGCCAUUCAGUUUUGGUCAGACUUUUGGAAUUUCAUUUACCCAAAAAUUUGCCCUGUAUAGAGGAGCUUCAUAAAGCUGACUGUAUGUUUCUUUGUGGGUAUACAGUACAUUAAAAGGAAUUUCUAUACAUAUUCUAAAGUUAUUUCACUUUAUGUAUUAUUUUUUAGUUAUAAAGUUUACAUACAUGUGCUGUAUUUUUGAGCAGGUCGCCUGGUUUAUGUAUAUUUAUUUUUAAUACACUGGCCAUCUCCCACUGAGUGUUCUCAAUUAAGUUCUCUUAAUACAUGUAUGUAUUCUUGAGUUAUACAGUGUGUACAGUAGAACCCAUUAUCCGCAGAUUGUUUCCGCAGUUUCAAUUAUCCAUAGUUUACCCUGGCACGAAAGUAAUUUUGCUUAAUAAUGGCCCUAAAGCACAGAAGUAGCAAUGGUGGACAGUUCUUCAAAGCCUAAGAGAAGUUGCAAAGUGCUUCCCAUCAGUGAAAGUGAUGAAUUAUACACAAUGAGUGGAGAAUUAUCGAACUUUAUCAUAGGUAUGUAAACAAAAAAUAAUUUAUGCAGAGGGUUCGCUACUAUCCACAGUUUCAGGUAUCCAUGGUAGGUCUUGAUACGUAUCCCCUGCGGAUACUGGGGGGGGACUACUGUAUUUCCUUUGAUUUCUGUACAGGAAGUCUUCAACUUAUCAACAUUUUGGGGACCUUCUGUAUUGUGUAUAAUGCUGUAAUAAUAUACACAAUAAUGAUAUCUACAAUACAAAAGAUUCUCAAUGCGUUCAUAAGUCGAGUAUUUAGUAUAUUUAUUUUUGAGUUGUAUGAUUGGCUGGAAAGGCAUGCCAUGAUGUAAACGGAACUUGCUCAAUCUUGUUGUACUUUAUAUAGCGGAGACGGAGAGUCCGAGUGCGUUGCCUUGGCCUCCCGACAGCAAGGCUGUCGAUGCGUCAAUGCAGCCUUCGUACACGAAUGCCAGUGAUGACCUGGAGACGCAUUCGUCGAUAUCCGGUUUCUAGAAGCUCGUUCCUGCAUUUAUUACUCGUUGCGUGUGUUCUCUCAUUUGUUUUUUGUAUGUGCAAUGAUUGGUUUACGGUGAAGUCGAACACAAGAUAUUGUGUGGUUAUUUUCUUACCGCUGUAUGUGAGAGUAAAAUAACAAAUGUA